GGGGGGGCCCGCGCGCGCGGCGCGCCCGGGCCGGCGCGCGCCGCGCGGCCGCCUCCAGGCUGUGCAAGCAGGCGUGGCCGUUGCCGGACAUGAUGGAGUUCAUGGGCACGAAGGACGUGCUUUUGCAAGGCGGCGAAGUUUUGCAUCGGCCUGGAGGGCGCCCUGGCGUACUGGUGUGACGGCGGCUGGCGAAAGCUGAUGUGCGUGUGUGCGUGUGCGUGUGCGUGCGUGCGUGCGUGUGCGUGUGUGUGUGUGUGUGUGUGUGUGUGUGUGUGUGCGUGCGCGACGCACUGACUUGCUACCCACGCGUGGCGUGGCGGAGUAUUGCCGAGAGCCUCAGGAAGACGGUGGCCGUGCAGCCUCGCGCUCGUCUUUGUGGCGAUCUGUUUCUCGGAGAUCUUCUUGGUCGGCGGGCAGUCGCAGCUUCUGAAGCUCACGGCGGAGGACGGGGCCUCCAGUGACGCGUUCGGCCUCACGGUGGCCGUGAGCUCUGACGGGUCCCGAGUGGUGGUGGGGGCCUACCUGGACGACGACCUGGGCCUCAGCUCCGGCUCCGCGUACGUGUUCGACGGGGCCACCGGCACGCAGCUGCUCAAGCUCCUGGCGGAGGACGGACGGGGCCUCCCUUUACACGUCCGGCCGCACGGUGGCCGUGAGCUCUGACGGGUCCCGAGUGGUGGUGGGGGCCUGGGACGACGACCUGUCCGGCGCCGCGUAUGUGUUCGAUGUGGCCACUGGCGCGCAGCUGCUCAAGCUCACGGCGGAAGACAUGGCCCCUGGGGACAGGUUCGGCCACGCGCUGGCCAUGAGCUCCGACUUGGCCCGGGUGGUGGUGACGACCGUCUUCGACACCGAUGUGGGCUCUGGCUCCAGCUCCGCGUACGUGUUCGAUGGGGCCACUGGCGCGCAGUUGCUCAAGCUGCUGGCAGAGGACGGGGUCGUCUCCGACAGCUUCAGCACCUCGGUGGCCAUGAGCUCCGACGGGGCCUGGGUGGUGGUGGGGGCCCCGCACGACGACGACCAGGGCGCCAGCUCCGGCUCCGCUUACGUGUUCGACGGGGCCUCUGGAGAGCAGCUGCUGCAGCUCCUGGCAGAGGACGGGGCCGCCGGGGAUCGCUUCAGCAAAUCAGUGGCCGUCAGCUCGGAUGGGGCCCGUGUGGUGGUGGGGGCACAUCUGGACAGCGACCGGGGCUAUGGCACCGGCUCCGCGUACGUGUUCGACCGGGCCACCGGGACGCAGCUGCUCAAGCUCACGGCGGAGGACGGGGCCACCGGGGACUUUUUCGGCGCCUCGGUGGCCCGUGAGCUCUGACGGGGCCCGUGUGGUUGUGGCGGCCGACGCGGACGAGGACCUGGGCGCCGACGCCGGCUCCGUGUACGUGUUCGACGGGGCCACCGGCAGCCAGCUGCUCAAGCUCUUGGCGGCGGACGGGGCCGCUGUAGACAGGUUCGGCAAAUCGUUGGCCGUGAGCUCCGACGGGGCCCGUGUGGUGGUGGGGGCCUACGCGGACGACGACCUGGGCCUCAGCUCCGGCUCCGUGUACGUGUUCGACACCUCGGUCCCCAGUACGACCAUAAUUGAAAGUAUUACCAGCGUUCCUUCUACCACGACUGGGACUGCGACCACCGAGAGCUUUACAACUGCGAGUUCGACGACCACAACUGUGAGUACAACCAGCGUUCCCUCUACCACGACUGGGGCUACGACUGCCGAGAGCUUUACAACUGCGAGUUCGACGACCACAACUGUGAGUACAACCAGCGUUCCCUCUACCACGACUGGGGCUACGACUGCCGAGAGCUUUACAACUGCGAGUUCGACCACUGCGGGCUUACGGGCGACGCCAGCACCGAAUUGCGCUUCUUUACAGUGGUUCGACGAGAGCAGGGGGCAGUGCGAGGCGUGCCCAGAGGGGAUGCAGCCGUCCAGCGAUAGAACGGAUUGCGAAGACGAGACCGUCUUGGGCAUGACGGAACUACAGCUCGCUAUGGUUGCGACUGUGGGCGGCCUCGCCGCCACCAUUUUUGCGGCAGUAUCAGCGUGGCAAGCGUCCCGUUGCCUGCGCGCGCGGGAGACCCGCCAUGCGCAGGAAGCAGUGGCAACUUAAUGUGUCCAGGGGUAUGCCAGCAAAGUCUGUGCACGUUUCCUCUCAUAGGUAUCAAUGUGUAUUGCCAUAUCGUAGAAUGGUGGUCGUGAGUCGUUUAUUCUGCGAUGCCUCCAGAAUCUGUUCGGGAUUUGUCCCGGCUCCGUCACAUUUUCCAUCAACCCUCUGAGGGGCGAUUUCCAUACAAAAAAAAGCGCCUCCAACCGGUCAAGAUGGACUGACAUCUGGAAAGCCGGUUUUGGUGUACGUCUAUACUUGUGUUCUUCCAACUCGGCCCUGAUGGGCGGUGGGCUGUCGCGGCCUCGACGCGCGGGAGUUCGUCUUUGCCCGCGCCGCGCCUGUCGCGCGCGUGACGUGCUGGCGUGG